AUGGAGUCUUGUCGGUCGAACGCAGCAUCGAGCUUCCUGUACAAAGAUUUAGCAAAGCUUGGCCAGCUGUGGAACGGAGGCCACAAGAGUCCUACAAACGACAGCCGAAAAAGAAGAUUAUCGAAGUCAUGUGGAGAUUUCGACAGGAAAGAUUGUGCAGAUCAAGAUUUCGCACCGUCCAACUUGACGCCAUCAUCUCUUCCCAGUCCGAUAGCACGGUCCACGAAGACCAUGGCGGAUUCAGCACAGGCCAUACGGGCCUUCAUCGUAGGAUCCUUUCAGCAACUGCCCCCGUCCAUCAUCGAUGAUCUCGCAAACGGCCAUGUCUCGCUUCUCGGCAUCGUUCGCCUGCUCGGCGAGUACCUCACCUCCGAACAAGAAGAGACACGGACGCGAGCCGUACAACUGCUUUCCGACAUCACUUGUCACUUUCUCGAUCCGACUGCACAUCCACAACACCUCAAGGAGCCGCUCGCUAGCAUAUUCACCGUGCAGGCUGUACGCACCUUGACCGCCUUCUUUGCAGACAAGGUUGCUGAUGGUGUCAUCAUCUCGGACAAUUUUGUCCGGUCUGCAAACGCUCCGGAACUGCUUCCAGAUACUGCUCCUAGGGCACGUAAGAACGAAGCCGAGCAAAAGACUCUUCAGGGCAGUGCCAUGCUCGUCAGCUCCCUCAGGGCCCUCACCGUCCUCAGCGCAUGCAAAGCACCAACCUCAACAUCAGCAGCUUCCGCACCCGCCGAUCAGCUUCCGGUCAAGGGCUUCGGACAGGAACAAGCCCACUCGGUAGCGGAUGCCCUCUUUUCUCAUGUGGUCGCCACCAAUCACCCGCAGAGCCUCCGCUUCAUCAUCUUCCGACUGCUCGACAGCCUUGUUGCUCACCACAGAGAUGCACUCAAGGCGUAUCGUGCUUCCCCAUCUACAUCCGCUGCCACCAAUCAUGAGGCACCAACUGCAUCCACCCCCAUGCAGGAGGACACAGCGAACGAUGAAGCUACAGAUGUCACACGAUCCGAGACUUGCCAAGGCACAGACUUUUUGCAAGGAUACGUCAAGAUGGUCCAAGGCGAAAAGGAUCCUCGCAACCUCAUGGUCCUCUUCGGUGUCGACAAGGUCCUCCUCACAGAAUGGCUCAUGGAUCGCGAAAUGACCGAAAAAUUCUUCGACAUCACCUUUUGCUACUUUCCUAUCACAUUCCGUCCGCCACCAGACGAUCCGUACGGUAUCACCUCCGACGACCUCAAGGUGGCCUUGCGUGCCGCUAUCUGCGCCUCGCCCGCCAUGGCUCCUCACGGCUACCCUCUUCUGCUCGAGAAGCUUAGUGCCGCCGGUGGUCCCGCCAAGCUCGACACGCUGCGCACUCUUAUCGCUGCCAUGCCCGUCUACGGCCGUGCUGCAGCGCUUGCAAACGCCAAAAAGCUCUGGGAGGGUCUCAAGAUCGAAAUCUUCCACGCCACCGAUGACGAGACUGGGGAUCUCGCCGUCGACACGCUCACCGUUCUCCUCCACGUGCUCUACCACGAUGUUGACCCGCCCGAGGGCAUCGCUCCGAACAUGGUUCACGAUUGCUUGGUUGAGCUUGAAGAGCCGGGCAAGUCACUUGCGAAAGCCGCCAUCAAGGUUCUCGGCUGCCUCGUGCGCGCUUCUUCCAGUACAGCCUAUCUGGCCGUGUAUGGCUUCAUGGACCAAAUGAUCAAGAUGUUUGCCGACCCUGAAGACCUCGCCCAACGAACACCCAUUUUGGCCGGCAUCGGUGAGCUUCUCGAGGCGCUGGCCAAAGUGUAUCGCCACGCCGAGAUGGCUCACGCCGACGACAGCGUCAAGAGCCAGUCCACAGCCGUUGCAAGCGAGAUCGGAUCUGGUCACUUGCUUCCUGCCACGGCAAAUGAACGCAGCUACGCUGGUGACAACCGGCCUUUGGACCCGUUCCUUUCGGAUUUGCUCAGCUGCCUCUCCAACGGUUUGCGAUCCACAUCCUAUCGCCGAUCUGCCAUGCUUGUCUUCUCGUCUGCCGUCUCGAUCUCCAUUCUCAGCAGCGAUGCCACCACUUCCACUGUCAAGCAGACCGCUGACACAUCGGAUUCGAUGACGAGCAAGCCUUUGCUCGAUUUUGACGAGCUCAGCUUCCUCACACGCGAGGUUGCCUCCUUGCUCACCUCGUCGGUCGGCGACGACGUUCGUGAAGAGGCGCUCUGUGCCAUCGAAGUCAUCUCCAAUGAACGAACUGCAACCUCGGUGGCAGCGGCUAAUCCUACAGCAAGGGUCAUUGAGCAGGUCGUCCUUCCCGUGCUGCUCGAAAAGCUACCGGACCGAAUCGAGCCUUUUGACGACCCGGAGGAACGAACUACAGGCAACGCCAUGGACGACACCGAGGCCGAGAUUGACCUCAUCAAAGCCAACAUCAGACGCAGCCUUGGUGCGCUCUCCCGCCUCUGCGUAGCUCCACUUCUGUUUGAAGCAGUAGUAGUUAAGCUCUUCACCAAGCUUGAGCUGUGUUGCCGACCCAGCGCACGAAGUGCCUCGAGCAGCGGUGCCGCUGACGUUGUUGGUGUCACCGACACUAACGAAGAAGGCAAGCCCUCGUCCACCGUCAAAGAACAGCUCAAGUCCUUACACGAGGCCAAUGUCGGGUAUGCACGUGGCCUGAUCCUCACACUACAGACCAUGGUCGACCUCAAGAGACAAAGUGGUCACCGAGACCUGGUCAAGUAUGCUCAUUCCCUGCCCUCUCGUUUGGUGGGGCUCACCCUCUCCGGCCUGAGUGCCAACUCGGACGGAACACGCGAACAAGUGAGCAUCGCCGCAGAUCCGGCUGUGGUGGCCGACUUGGCUGCUCUGCUGGGUACUUUCGUCAAGCUGCUUGAUCCGAGCCAUCAACGCGAGUUCUUGGCUAGUCUCAAUCAGACUUUCGUCCGUGAUCAAUCGACGUUCGUCGGCAACGGCUCAAACGGCGAAGGCAUACCCCUCAUCGCCUCCGGCUCGCCGCUCACACAAUCGUUCGAGCCUUUCGCCGUGUCGCCAUCGACACAGGAUGGUCGAUUCAGCGUGGCUAGCAGAAAUGCUGUGGCGUUGCUCUCGGCUGCUAUUGUCGCUGCAGCACCUGCAGCUGGCGUUGUUGUUCUGUCUCGCACGGCGGCAGGGCCGACCACCAAGCACGAAGCAGCGUUGGCUUCUCUUUCGUGCCUUCUCGACUGGACACUGUCGGCUGCCCGCCCGUCCACUCAGAGUAGCGGCCUCGGUAACGCUACGGCGCAAACUUCUCAGGCUCUCCAGCUCAACAGUGCGUUCUGGAUGGCUGUUGCCAUUACCAACAAGUUCAUCGAUGAGACGCAACCUGCCUUCCUGGAUCUGCUAGACACCUUCUGGGGAACGCACAUCAAGAAUUACUCCGAAGCAUCCUCGUCUCCAAGCCAAAGACGCGUGGCGCUACAGAUGUGGAUGUGGCUGUCUCGAGCUCUCGUUAUCAAGUCGUCUAAGCUUUCGGAGGCGAUGCUGAACCGCGUGCUCAUAGAAAUCUUUGACGAAAUUGCUGGCAGCAUCGUUGGAAAGCAAGACCCUACACAGCUUGUCGCGACAACCGAGCGAACAGCCGAAAAGCAGAGCAGCGUGGACUGGAAAUUUGCACGAGCAGCCGCUCGUGACCUUGCCACGAUCGUCGGAGUAAGCGAGGACGGCAUCACGACGAAAGAGAAUGGCUUCACGGUGCGAUUGUUGUGGAAGCAGAAGCUCUUCUCUUUCUUGCUCCCUCGCUUGCUCGAGAGCUACUCGACCGCCGCCAAACUUGCACAUCGCCACAACCACGUGCAUAGCGAGCAGUGCUCGCACCCGCAUGAAGAAGCUGACGUAGAUGCAAAGACCAUCUACCUUGUCUCGCUUGCCGGUCUCUUGCCCUCUCUGCCAUCCACCAUGCUGGUGGACCGGCUCGAGGGACUCUUCCCGCUGCUCAUUCAAGCGCUCUCUCUCCCUGAUUCCAAGGCUCGUUCAGCAGCUGCGAAUGCUCUGACGGUGGCAAGCGAGGUGGGCAAGAAGAUCCCUACUCCCGCCACAUCUUCCGGCGCGCAGUUCGACCCCACAUCCUUGAUCGCGGCGCAUCUCAACUCGAUCGUCACCAAGCUGCUGUCGAACAUCGAGCCGACGCCAUACACACCACCUUCGACGCGCAUCGCCGCCCUUCGCACUCUGACCAGCCUGGCCGCUAAAGCACCGGAGGACGACGAAGUGGCGGUCGCCACUCAACGAUCGGACGGCGGUCUGCAACAUCACCAUCUGCACCCGUUGAGGAAUUUCGUGCUGAAGCAACUCGGCAGGGAGAACAAGGGCAUCGACGACAAGGUCCGCGCUGUCCGAAGCUAUGCGGUCGAUGCCAGGGAUGCUUGGUUCGCCGUUUCUGAGACGUGA